AUGGAUGCAGUAAAGGUGUUGGAGGGUAUGGUGGACGUUCCUAUCGAAAGAAUUGAAAAUGGAAUGUUUGACAGGAGUCAAACACUGGUAAUUCACGUCGCUAAUACCACCUUUUCAACGAUGGCAGUACAAUGCUAUACGGCCGAAACAGAACAGUUUUACGCUCCAUACUGCGACGAUGACAUCAUCGCUCAUGCGGUCGUGAAACAAAUAAGCAAAAUUUUAGGGGUUUAUGAGGAAAACGUCACCCUAUUCGAUAUCGAUGAUGAUCGAAAAGUUUUGCGAGUGCAGCGCAAUGAAAUGGCCAAGUCUUCGUACGAGGAUUUAACAUUAAUGAUCCAAGAGCUACUGAAGUUCUAUGUCGAUUUGAAAAAGCCAAUUAUAUCGAUAGAGCAAAUCUUGUAUCCGGUGGAAUUUUUCGGUCCAUUUAGAGUUAUCGUAGAUCGAGGAAAGGAAGCGAAUACGACCACGGUAAGGAUUUACAGCCAAUUUGGAACUCUUUGCGGAAAACUGGCGAACGUCCGUGCUGGUGAUGAAAAACAAGAAGAAGAAGUCGAGAAGAAGCAGAAACACGACGAAAAGCUUGACAGCGAUAGCCCAACAGUCAAGUGCAUGUUGAAAAUAGGAAUCGAUUGUUCGAAAAUUGACAGAAAAGAAACGUUCACUUCGAUGGGACUUGAUUCAUUGAAGAUGGCAGAGUUAGAGAUGCAAAUACAAAAGGAGUAUCCAAGCUAUACGAUUCCUACAGGAGUACUGCUCAGUCAUCCUACUGUAGAAGAAAUGGACACUUAUUUAUUUUCAUGUGCUUAUGAGAUGAACUUGAAUAUAAAUAAAGAUGUUUCUGCUUAUAUGGAUUAUAUCAUACCACUGUCACCUCAACAAAGACGUCUAGUGUUUAUGUGUGAACUCGAUCCUGAAUCAAGCGCUCAGUUCAAUGAACCUGUGGUGUUCUCAAUGAGGUCGAAGUCGUUUGACGAGGAGAAAUUCGUUUCGGUUUUGAAUCUCAUUGUGAUGAGGCACACUAUUCUGCGGACCAUCUAUAUUGGAAACAAUCAAGUAGUUUGCUCCGGUACUGAAGCAUUCCUAGCUAAUAGGAUGCUGGACACUGAACCAAAAUAUUUCGUAGCACAACCGAUCGAUAUUAAGCGUACAAGUGCGCAUUUUGCCAUUUUCUCAUCGCCAGAUCGGAUCGUUAUUUGCCUCGUUUUCCAUCACGUAGCUGUAGAUGGAUACUCAAUUAGUAUAAUUACAGAAGAGAUGAAGGCAUUUUACGUCGGCGAGGAAUUGUCCGCUCCUUCCGGCCAAUAUAGCGACUAUGCGAAAAAAUCAUCUCAGUCCCUUUAUCAGCUGGAAUUGGGCAAAUGGAGGGAAAAACUGAAGGGAAAGUCUUUUCAGCUCCUUCCGACUGAUCGGCCUCGUACUGCUAAGCAAACUUUCGAUGGUUCUUCCAUCCAGAAAUCCCUGCCCGUUCACCUCCAUGAAUCACUGAAAAAACUAAGAAACCUAGGGAAUUGCACUGAUUUCUGCAUUUUAGUGGCUACAUACAAGUUUUUGGUUUAUAAAACCACAGGCAUAGGUGAUUUCCCUGUCGGAUUUCCCUCCUCUUUAAGAGGAGAGGAAUUCUCAAGAACAGUUGGUUGUUUUGUGAAUACGUUGCCAUUACUGGGAAUCGUGGAUUCUUCGGUAGCGCCAGGCGAAUACCUCAAGAACAUUUUCAAAGCGAUCUCUGAGGCCCGGAAUAUGGAUGUACCUUUGGAUUUGAUUGUAAGCGAGUUGAAGUUAGAGCGGGAUGACGCGGUCUCGCCCCUCUUCCAAGUUUUGCUCGUCAUGGAUAUCGUGGAUGUGUCAUCAUCAGAUGAUGACAUUGUUUUCAUUGAUCUACCGUCUCGUUUCUCUAAAUACGAACAGAUAUGGUAUUUUCAGAGAAGUGGAAAGUCAUUGAACAUUAAAAUUGAAUAUAACAACACCUUAUUUUUUGCAGAAACCAUGAAUGAUCUUCUCGAUCGCUUUAUCUAUGUCCUAGAUCAACUUGGAAGUUGUUUUCCCAAUAAACACCUGAAGGAAAUUACGCUCACCACCAAAAGUGAGUUGAAUUCGAUUCACAUCCGCAGAGCGGCUAAUGAAUGGGAUUAUCCCAUGGUUACAAUUCUGGAAAUGUUUCAAAAAAACAAAUCCACAAGAAACUCAAUCAACUUUAAAACUAAAAGGAUGACAUACGAUGAGCUCGACGGACUAAGCACGCAGGUUGCUAAACAGAUUGCCAGCGUGUACUGCACUCAUUACGGAGAACUGCCAUCUCGAGACAGAUGCGGAGCGAUAUCCAUGGAAAGAAAUCUAGACCUGCUGGUUGUCGUUCUUGCCGUGUGGAAGUGCGGUCUACAGGUGGUACCGCUCAGCCUGGAUUGGCCAAUUCAACGAAUAAUGGAAAUCCUAGAGAUGUUCGAGAAUCCGAUCUUGAUCAAUUUCUACUCUGAAAAGGUUACAGAAGCAGCACGAGCGGGACAGCGAUACCCCGUUAUUGAUAGAACCAUUGGAAGUAGUUCCCAAACGAAAAUCUUCAAUUUGAUGGACACCUCGGACUUGGCCUACUCAACCUGUACUUCCGGGACGACAGGAAAGCCGAAAGCAGUUUGUACGGAGUUUUCAGGUCAUGGUAAUCUCGCAAUGGCUUACACAAAAACGUUUCACCUCAGCAAUAGUUCUUGCACCUAUCAGGUGGUCAACUACGGUUUCGACAUUUUUUUCGCGGAUCUCUCGGAGACAUUUGCAAACGGUGCUUCCAUGGUCCUCGCCGCCGAACUCAUACCGAAAAUAGAUGAGAUGCGGGGCGUCACAAACGCUUAUGUGAUGCCUGCAUAUUUAUCCGCGUUGUCCUCAUCAGACAUCGAGCAGUUGAACUUCUUGGAGUCCGCUCAGUUUGGAGGUGAGGCAAUCCAGCCGAAUGCGCUACAGGAUCUUCUUCACACCGACGUACACCUCUAUCAGCAGCACGGAGUGACGGAACAAACUGUGUUCACAACUGCAAAUAGAAUGAAGGUACGCACACCAAUCGCAGAAGUUGGCCAGCCGUUCAGUAACCUACAUUGGCCUGUGAGAGAUCGAGAUGGUCAACUGCUCCCACUAAAGUAUCAAGGAAUGGGCUAUGUGAAUGGAAUAGGUAUCACUAGAGGUUACUACAGUAUGCCUGCCGCCAAUGCUAGUGUAAUAAACUAUGGAUAUUUUGGGAAAGAAUUCAAAACAGGAGACAUUUUUAAGUAUCACAAUGGUCGUUUACAUUUUCUGGGACGAGCAGACCUUCAAGUUAAGAUAAGAGGAAGAAUUAUAGAUUUGGGUGAGAUUCAAAAACAGAUUACAACGCACGGAGAUGUGGAAGCUUCUUUCAUAACAGUCACUGAAAGUGCAAAAGCGAAAGAACUUAUAGCAUAUGUGAUAGCGAAGAACAUCAACAUUUCCGCAAAGGACCUAACGAAUUUUCUUCGCAUUCGUCUUCCAGCCUACUGUGUUCCAAAAUGCUUUGUGUUCCUUGACAAAUUUCCAUUGAAUCAAAACGGCAAAGUUGAUAAAAGUCGAUUGCCAAAACCAUCGCCUCAAGCUAUUUUCGAAAAGCUGAGGCCUGCACGAGGAGAUUUGGAAAGGGAAAUAGUGGACUCUUUCAAAAAAUACACUGGCAGAGCGCACAUGGCAAAUGAAUGCUUUUUCGAUUCCGGUGGAGAUUCACUAAAGGCGAUGCUUGUUGUCCAGGACUUAGCAAGAAAAGGACAUUCUCUCGAUUUGCAAUCUUUCUUUUCUCUACGUACCGCUGAAAAAAUUGCUGAAAUGUUGCAGCAACGAAGCGGUCACUCAAAGAAAGCCAAAAACAGGACUGAUCAACCUCUUACCAUCGAAACCCACGAAAUUCCACUUUCAUCUCAGCAACGAAGGUUAUGGUUUCUCGCACAAAUGUAUCCCGAAAGAGAUUCAUAUAUAAUUCGUAUUAGAAUUGACAUGGAGGGAGAAAUGAAACUCGACAGACUGCGGGAAGCAUUUCAAAUGGUCCUUAUGGCUAAUCCCAUGGCAAGAUCAGUCGUUCCCAACGCUAGCCAGGAUCCAUCAUUCAUUGUGAUGUCCGGGACAGAGUGCUUUCAUGCACUUACCCAAGAAGAGGUGGCGGAUCCACAAAUUGACGGGAAUUCUUUGAUAGUGACAAGACUUUGGAAGAAGAACUGUAAUGAUUGUGAAUUUGAUCUCAGAAUUCAUCACAUCAUUAGCGACGGUAGAAGUUUAGCGAUUGUUGGUGAAGACUUGGCAAAAGCUUAUAAUGGCGAAAAACUUCCAAUGAAAGAUGUAAUCCUCGAAAAUCCGGAACAUUUUGAUUCUAUGGAGUUUUGGAGAGAUUAUUUAGCAGGCUAUAAUCUCUGCCCAGUGGGAAGUGAAGGCGAUUCCAGGGUCGUUGAAGCUGAAGCUGGAUACGUCGACGUGGAUCUCAGUUUUGUUGAUGAGUUGAAAAUUGACAAAUUUUGCAGUAUUCAUAAAUGUACUAUGUACCAUAUUAUCGUGAUGGCAUAUGUUCAUACUAUGCGCAUGACCUACGACAUAGACGACUUCGUUAUAGGAACCACAGUCGCUAAUCGAACUCCGGAGAACAUCGACAUCGUUGGGUUGUUUGUAAACACGAUUCCAUUACGGUUUAAAGAGGAAUUUACUGACUUCCACCGUCAGUUACGGUAUACUGUCAGUCAAAUACUCGCUGCUAUGGAUCAUCAAAGCACACCGUUGGCUAAAAUUAUCGAAGAGACGGUAAAAGAUCGUGAUGUGACAAAGGCACCGUUGUUUCAGCAUGUUGUCACCUAUGAAAGCACAUCUCUUCCGCAAUUACCAAAGAUGGAAGGACUUCUUACAAAAUGUCAUGAUUCAAGAACUCAUUUCACACAGUUCGAUCAAAGUUGGAUUUUCCAUCCCGGAGAAAAUCUUCAUCUCACCAUACAGUAUGACAAAAGUCGGUACCUACGGCGAGAGAUAUCAGAACUUGUGCAUUUAUUCGAACGUACACUAAGCAAUAUUUUUAUGUACGGAUCUUUGUGCUCCUUACGUGAGCAGCCAAGGACUUUUUUGUGCAACGAUACGCCAAGAAACAAUGACUUAGGACGGGUUUUCGCUAGGCAAUCGGCCAUGACUCCCAAUUUGCUUUGCUUAGAAACCAAACAAGAGCAAUUACUCUAUAGUGAAGUGUUUAGUAACGCCUCUAGGUUUGCUUGGCACAUGCAGUCUGUGAUAGUGAGACAUUACGGGGUGGCGCAUCUUCCCGACGAUAUUAUUUGCAUCAUGCUCAGGGAAUCCGCUGAUAACCAUGUUGCUAUUGAAGCUGUACAUAUUAUAGGGUGUUGUUACUUGUGUAUUCCACAAGACACUCCAUCAAUCAGAUUGAGGUAUAUAGUAAAGGACUGCCGCCCUCUUCUUCUUGUCACCGACAUGAACUUGGAUCCCAUGGAGGUCCCAAUUCUUCCGCCUAAAAUCGAUCGUAUUGUUAGAUAUUCGUUCCUUAAUCAAUGUCGUUCUACCUACGAAUCAUUGGCAUAUCUCAUCUACACCUCCGGUACGACCGGCGUUCCCAAAGGAGUUUGUAUAAGUCAUCAAAGCGUUCUUAAUAUGCUGGAACAUGCGACACGAAAUUAUCAUUUCCGGCCAGGAAUAAGAGUGCUGCAAUUCACAAAGAGUAGCUUCGAUGCGAGUAUUAGUAACACUUUUGGGGCUUUAUUGAAUGGUGGCUUCCUAAGCAUCCGGGAUGAAGAAGCGGACGUGGUGGAGGAUCUUUCAUCGCGCCUACCAAUUGCUGUGCUCCACAUGACUCCCAUUGUAAUGGAUAUUUUCGAUGAUCAUGACCUGGAACGACUCGAAGAUGUGGAGAAAUGGAGCUUCGGCGGUGAGACGAUCUCCGAGCGAACGCUACAUCGGAUGCUUGGACGAGGAAAUCGACUAAUACAGUUAUACGGACCUACAGAAGCUACAUGUUAUCAGACGCUGCUCGACAUGAAAGUGGGACACGAAUCGAUAUGUUUGGGACCCAUAAUCUCAAAUGUUUCUUACGGUCUAUGUUCGUUCAAGAAUCACCAGAUACAUCGGCAUAAAUUUGGCCAACUUUUCUGCGGUGGCGAAAACAUCGCAAGAGGUUACAUCAGUAGAAAUGACGCUGGGUUUGUAGCUAACCCACUUCAAACUUUGAAAGAUAAAGCGCUGGCAAGAAAUUCUAGGAUAUAUCUUGUAGGAGACGAAGUCAAAUGUGAUAGAGCGGGAUAUUUAUACUUCUUUGGACGUAAAGACGACCAACUAAAAAUAAAAGGUUAUCGAGUACAACUUUCUGAAAUUGAUGCUGCCGCAAAGUCACAGAACGUUGUCGAAAACGCUGUCAGUGUCAUUCAGAAGGAUAUGACAGAAGCGAACCACAUCGUUUUGUACUACACAGGACAGGAAGCACAAAGUAGUGAGCUUGAGAAAUCACUUGCACAAAAUCUCCCGAGGUAUAUGAUUCCCAGCAUGAUAAUCCAUCUCGAGAAGUUCCCAGUUACAAGUAGUGGAAAGGUUGACAAAGCAGAGCUCACAAAACGAUGCGAUAUCAACAGUUGUUUGAAUCGACCUGCAGAGCCAAGAAACAACAUUGAGGAGGUGGUUCUGAAGUGUUAUCGAAACGUCCUCAAAAAUGAGGACCUUACUGUCAGCUCUGACUUCUUCCAAUCUGGUGGCCAUUCGCUCCUAGCCGUUAAGCUCGUCAACGAUCUUCAAAAAUCGCUCAACGUCGUUGUUCCACUCAUGCAAGUGUUCGUAUUUCCACGCGUCAAGGAUUUGGCCGAAUAUCUUGUCUCGACCAAGGGAAUCCAGACCAGAGAAAGCAAGGAACGUCUACAUCCGGAUGAUAGGCCUACUCCUUCGCAAACCACACUUUUGCGCUCGUAUCGAAAUAAACAAAUACGAAUGCUUUAUGAUAUCCGUCUUACUGUCACUCUCAGAAAAGAUAUCGAUCGAAGCAUCCUAAGAAACGUCCUUAGUAGUUUACCGAUGAUUCAUCCAUCAUUGAGAACUCGCUUCACUAAGAAUGGUAGAACUUUCGCAAGAGAAGUUUGGUCGGGAACAGAAUGCUAUCAGAAUCUUUCCGAGGAGAUUGGUCACGGUUUAGAUCCUUUCCUGGAACCUCCUUUUGCUGUCUCAUUCAAAGGGAACCAGUUAAUGAUGACAAUUAAUCAUAUAAUUACUGACGGUCACUCAAUGCAGUUAAUUGUGAAUAGUAUGAUGUGGUUAUUGAAUGAAAAACAACUCCGUAUGGACAAUGGAUUGUUGUUCCAUUCAUGGCUUCUUCAACAGUUUGAUAAACAUAGAACGGAAGAUGUCAAAUUUUGGCAGGAAGAACUACAGAACUUUGUCUUCAACCAACUACCGACAACUCGUCCACGACUGAUUACGUCUACCAAUGAAGCGGGGUUCUUUGAUCUCCACGUGCCCAACCUCUGGCCCACAGUUAAUUCCUGGGUUAUCCAGCACAGUUGUACUCCUUUUGCCAGUCUUCUAGCUCUAUUCUCACGCGUACUGCAAUCGCUCAGCUAUGAACCGGCACUUCCCGUUGCGAUCGGUUUCCCAGUUAAUUUGCGCACACAGCAAUACUUCAACUCUAUCGGCUACGGUAUCGGUACGGUAAUGGUGGCAGAAGACACUCGAGGAACUCUAGCGGAAGUGAUCAGAAAAGUGGCAAUGCAUGUGGCAAUGGCAAUUUCUCAUGCAUUUCUUCCAUACGACGAAAUGGUCAAAUUGUCUCCGUCGAGAAAACUGUUUGGUGUAAUGCUUGUGCUCGAUGAGUACUCUAUCAGUGAAAACGACAUUUUUACGGUAGAACCAGAAAUACCUACAGCUACCAAAUUUGAACUCACAAUCUACGUGCGUCUCCAAGAGAACACCAUCAGAAUAGAAUAUAACAAGUCGUUGUACGAUGUCGAAUUCUUCACGCUGAUUGCAAAAUCCAUCAACGCUGUCCUUUCUGACUGGGAAUGUACCCCUCAAAGAACGGAGUGUCUUGCGGUGAGCAAGAAUGGAUGCGUCUACGACGUCACAGAUAUCCAUAGACUUCUGAAUCCUUUGCGGAUCUCCAAUAUUCGUAUUUCAGUCACAGAUGGCAAUGAGAUUCAUCUAUGUUGCACUAGCAAUAUGAGUGCAGAAGCGAUAGGAGAGGUUCUUCGGGAGCUUCCACCUCGAUUACGGCCCUGUAAGGUUAUAGUUGAGCCCGAAUUUUUCUUUGAAUUCCCACUAAGUAGGCAGCAACAGCAAAUGUAUUUUCUCACGCUUCAAAAUCCGACUGGAUAUGUACUACCAUUUUUAAAGAAGUUCCCUAAGAAAAUUCAGCCUUCCUUCGUGCACCAAGCGCUGCUUUACGUAAUUCAAAAACACGAAUCAUUAAGAACAGUGUUUUACGAGAUCGAGGGAGAACUGAAGCAAAUGGUGCUUUCUAUGACCGAUGCUUACAUUCACCUGACCGUGGAACACAGCCAAGAUCUCAGGAAAAGUACGGCGCAAGUUUGGACACAGCCAUUAGAGCUCCACAAUAAAACUCUUGUAGAAGCGGUUCUAUAUGACACGGCGGAUAGUUUUGUAGCGCUGCUACGGAUGCACCAUAUUAUUUCAGAUGCCUGGUCUACUAAGAUUCUUGAGGAGGACCUUGGAGAAAUAAUUGGCAAACUGGAGAGUGGGACCCUCCCAGCUGUCCAUCGGCAGAAACACACCUACAGAGAAUAUUGCGAAAAGAAAGAGUUACCUGCAUGUGUUGAUGAUAAGUACAUUGAAAACUUGAUUAGGGCGCAAGACUUACCUUUGUUUCCCUCUGAGGCAAAAGUGAACGUCGUUUCAUUCGAAUUCCCACAGGAAAAUGCUCAUUACUGGGCGGCCCAUCGCGGUAUUUCCAUCUUCGUCGGCUUCCUGGAUAUAUUGGCGAGAAGCUUUGUCGAGCACUACGGACUUUCAAGCAUAAACAUAGGUUGCCCUUAUGCAAAUCGAACAACAAAAACGAGAAAUGUUCUCGGUUGCUUUCUUAACAACAUUGUCUUCCAUAUCGAUAAGCCAAAAGAUGGUGAAAACUCUUAUCAAACUCUUCAAAUCCAUGUGAACGAUGUUAUCAAGAAAAAUAUUCCCUUCACCGACCUUACAGGCUACGUCUACAAGCGAAGCAAAUCCUUUCGGUCCAUGUUUCAGGUAUAUUUCAAUUGCCGGUAUGACCUAGAGUAUAACGUAGAAGACAGCGGCGAACUGCUUGAUCUACUUCCCAUGAGAUCUGAGUUCCCAAUAGAAGUAGAUCUGGACAAACGAUCAGAUGACUAUCGUGUUACAUUCAGAAUUCAAGAAAGCGUCUCAAUCAGUGCGUGGAAGGAGUUCGUGGAUAGCUUCCGCGCAAGGAUCGUAGAGGAAACUUCACCGCAAACACAGCGCCUCACAUUGGCGCAAUUAAAUCGUCCUGUCAGGCGAAUUCUGGAGACAGUACUGCGUGCUGCUCAGAAGACUCUUGGCACGAGCGUCGUCAAUCAGAGCGACAAUUUUUUCACUGCCGGUGGGAAUUCGCUACAAGCAAUUGCUUUUGUUGAAAUGAUUGAAGAGGAACUUAAUGUGGAGAUAGACAUCUCAGAUGUUUACGAUCUUCGCUCUUUUUCCGAGCUUGCUCUCCGUAUCGAAGCCAUCGCAGAGCCACAGCAGCAAAAAACGGUCAUUUCUGAGCCUCACGUAAACAGCAUCGUAUCUGCAUUAAGUAGUGACGAGCAGAGCCAUCAGAAACCGAGGCAGCGCUUGUUAGUCGGUACCAAGCCUUCAAACGUUGCGGACAUUCCGUCAAUAGACCUAACGACCUUCCUUUCCAAAUGCUCUUCAAUGUACGCGUCUAAGGCAGCACUUUGUGAACCGGAGAGUGUCCGUCUCACUUAUUCAGAACUAUUGUCUUCGUUGGAAGCGCAGGCCUUCUCUAUCAGGAAUUCCUUCUGUCAAAGGAAUGGAAUAAUUCUUACUCCUGACACCAUCAUUCCCGUUCUUGGUCAACGUUCUUCGCUCACAAUUAUGAAGUGCCUUGCUGUUUUGAUUGCCGGAGCCGCGUAUCUUCCCAUAGACAUCGAUACACCUGCCGCAAGAAUCAAAAUGCUAUUUGAGGAAUCCGGUGCAGACUGCUAUAUUGGUCCGUCUCUUUCUAAUGCCAUCAUCACACCUCUUGAACUCAAAAAUAAUUUAAAAAUUAGAGGACAGAAUCUAAGAAGUGGAAACACGCGAGGAGAUAUGGCGUAUGUGAUCUACACUUCAGGAACUACCGGUACUCCGAAAGGAGCCUGUAUAAAGCACGAAGCGGUUGUCAACAUGAUGGCUUCAGCAACGAAGAAUUUUCGAAUGCAGUCGAAAGACGUCGUAUAUCAGUUCACAAAUUUUGUCUACGACAAUAGCGUGCUUGAAAUUUUUAUGACUCUUUGCAACGGAGCGCAGUUGUUUGUGGACACAGUGCCGUUCUCCCCAAGGAGAUUUGCUGGUUUAAUCGAUAAACGCUGCAUUACUCAUUGCCUCUUUUUUCCAGGUGUGGUAUCUACAUUUAGAGAUGGAAAUUUUAGAAAACUUGCUAAUCUGCGGUACUGGAUAGUAGGGGCGGAAAAAUUGCCUCAAAAAAUGCUCGAUCACGCCAUUGACUGUGGGAUCAACGUUAUCCAAAACUACGGUCCCACCGAAACAACAGCUUAUGCAUUAACAAAGCACAUGCGAGCAGGAGACGAUGCGGCGAAUCUGGGCAGGGCAAUUCAGAAUACUGAGGUGCGAACGGAUGAGAGAGAUGAGCUCUGGAUCAGAGGAGUUGGAGUAAUGCGUGGGUACUUAAACAAGGACAGAGGUUCCACGUUCCGAGUGCACAAGAACGCUUACUGGUAUCCGAGUGGUGACCAAGUCCGUAUCCUACCAAAUAAUGACGUGAUUUUUGUUGGUCGUCAAGACAGCCAAGUGAAAAUUCGAGGACAUCGCGUCGAGUUAGAAGAGAUUGAAUCCAUAAUUUGUAAGUUGUCUUAUAUAAAACAAUGCAAAAUAAUCUGGCAAGAAAAACAACAGGUUCUCCUGGCUUUCUGCACACUUGACAGUGGCGACAGAACGCUAGAAGAAGGGAUACUAGAACACUGUAGAAGUCACCUUCUGAAGCAUGCGGUUCCCAACCGCGUCAUUCUUCUCGAUGAGUUCCCGCUCACUAAAAACACUAAAAUUGACGUCGAUCAACUCCGGCAGAAAUGGGAGCUCUUCAAACAGUCGUCGGCAAAGCUAAAAACUGUUGAAACCAUCCUAAAGCAUCCCGUUGAUCCAAGUUUAAGCCUUUUUGAAAACGGCGGUACUACAUGGCAAGCACUAGCUAUUGCAAGAAAUUAUUUGAUGGAAUACGGUCAUGUCCUGGAGGUACCUGAUUUGAUGAAAUUUCCUCUAAAUAGUGAGUUGCACCAGGAUACUCAGAGAAAUUCCUGCACAGCAGGUGAUGAAAAAGUUGAAGCAGUUCAUGAACGACUGAAAAAGCUCUGGUCAAAAGUUCUAAAGCAUAGUUCUUUUGCUGCAAACGACAAUUUCUUCUUCGUUGGCGGUAACUCUCUUCUACUCCUAAAACUUCGCUUUGAAGUGAACAAAGAAUUCCAGGUUGAACUUGGUAUUCAGGAAUUCCUGAAUUCAUUGAUUUUCAGCGAUAUGGCUGAGAUGUUGUGCAAUCUCAAAAAUUCUUUGAAAAUUGCUGCUUUGGUUCAUGAUCCUCCACAGCCCUAUUACCUUUUGGUGUUCGUUCAUCCUCUCUAUGGAGGUGGCGUUCCAUAUGCGAAUCUGAUCAGAGCGCUUAAAGAGCAUGGCCGCUUCUGCAUACUCACUGUUCAACAUCCAAACAGUUUCGGUUAUGAGAGCGACGAUCCUCAAUUUUUCGAAAGUAUUCAAUCGCUUGCAAGACGGUUUUCACCAGUAACUUCAACAAGAGCACUCGCUGGAACUCAUGCUGAUAUGCUGUCCUUUACGUACAGUGGAGAAUUGGCUAAACAGAUCGCCGAUCUCCUGAAGAAAGAAAGCCAGCAAACUAGAGGCAUUUAA